AAAUAGAAUCAUAGAAUGGGUUGGAAAGGACCACGGUGCUCAUCUGCUUCCAACCCCUUGCUAUGUGCAGGUCACCAACCAGCAGACCAGGCUGCCCAGAGCCACAUCCAGCCUGGCCUCGGAUGCCUGCAGGGAUGGGGCAUCCACAGCCUCCUUGGGGAUUGCACCAGAAACCUUCUUGGCUCCCUUUCGCUCAUAGAAGCACAGGCAUUAAGAAAACUGUUUGUGGGUGGCCUGGACUGGAGUACAACACAAGAAACUCUUCGUAACUACUUCUCCCAGUAUGGAGAGGUUGUAGACUGUGUAAUAAUGAAAGACAAAACAACCAACCAGUCUCGAGGAUUUGGAUUUGUCAAAUUCAAAGAUCCCAACUGUGUGGGAACAGUGCUGGCCAGCAGACCUCAUACGUUAGAUGGCCGAAACAUUGAUCCAAAGCCAUGUACACCCAGGGGGAUGCAACCUGAAAGGACACGGCCAAAGGAAGGAUGGCAGAAAGGAUCCAGGAGUGAUAACAAUAAAUCAAAUAAAAUUUUUGUUGGUGGGAUUCCUCAUAACUGUGGCGAGACUGAGCUCAGGGAAUACUUCAAGAAAUUCGGAGUGGUCACUGAAGUUGUAAUGAUCUAUGACGCAGAGAAACAGAGGCCCCGAGGUUUUGGAUUUAUUACUUUCGAGGACGAACAAUCAGUGGACCAGGCUGUCAACAUGCAUUUUCACGACAUCAUGGGCAAAAAAGUGGAGGUGAAACGUGCAGAACCUCGUGAUAGCAAAAGCCAAACUCCAGGGCCACCCGGUGCCAGUCAGUGGGGAAGCAGGAUCAUGCCAAGCGCUGCCAAUGGCUGGGCAGGUCAGCCCCCUCCGACCUGGCAACAAGGUUAUGGCCCUCAAGGGAUGUGGGUGCCAGCUGGACAGGCAAUUGGUGGAUAUGGACCACCUCCUCCAGGAAGAGGAGCUCCCCCACCACCUCCUCCGUUUGCCUCAUAUAUUGUUUCUACACCUCCAGGAGGAUUUCCACCUCCACAAGGAUUCCCACAGGGCUACGGCACCCCUCCACCAUUUACUUUUGGUUACGGUGCUCCUCCUCCUCCACCUGACCAGUUUGCCCCACCUGGAGUACCCCCUCCACCUGCCACUCCAGGGGCAGCACCACUAGCUUUUCCUCCACCACCACCGCCAUCUCAGGCAACUCAGGACAUGAGCAAACCCCCAACUGCUCAGCCAGAAUUCCCUUACAGUCAAUUUGGGUAUGGACAAGACUUGAGUGGUUUUGGACAAGGUUUCUCUGAUCCCAGCCAGCAGCCCCCUCCCUACGGAGGCCCCUCGGUGCAGCCAUCCAGUGGUCCACCUGCAGGAGGAAGUGGUUUUGGACGAGGACAGAACCAUAACGUGCAAGGAUUCCACCCCUACAGGCGCUAGCGUGUGCUGGCAAUCAGGGAAUUCUGCCCACACGGGAUGCCUGGCACCAGCAGGACCCAGGGAUCCCAGACUUCUGAACUUGUGACAAUCACAUACUUGAUGGAAGAAAAACCUAACAACAUUUUUUUUUGGGGGGUGGGGGAGAUGGCUUCUGAAGGCAAAGCUGUGGGUGUUUGGACUGCAGUUUUUAAAUAUUUUCCUUUCUCUAACCCAUCAGCACAAAUAAAGAAAAUGUCACUGGUUCAAACUA